UUCUCCGCAUCAUAUAUCCGCGAUAUACCCUGUAUAACCGUUCUUGUACACGGUGGCUGGUGUCUGCGGCGAAUUUAAUUCGCUAAACAUCUUAAUCUGCAGGCAGUAAAGAAGCAAAGUACUUUAUAAGAGUCGUACCCCUCGUACCAUGGAUCACAACGAGAGCCUGUUCGACGGUCCGAGAACUUUUGACACGGAAAUGCCUGUCUGGGACGAGUCAAGCUUUUCUAUGUUUGACGACGCUUUGAUAAACGAAGAUCCAACUCUCACCACAAAUGCAAUGCUGGACAGUUUUGCUUCACCUCCUGCACCAUCACCCACUGAUCUCAGAUACUCGGCCCACGACACGAGGCCGAUGGUGAACUCGUCCAAAGUAAAUCAAUUCCAUUCCCGAUCCGCAGUCUCUUCGUCUUCACCCGACAGCUCAAACCAAGACUCCUCCUCCGAGUCGUCCGGCAAACGGAAGCGCAAAUCUUCAACCAUAUUUUCUCCAGUAGACAUGACCAACGGUUGGGGCGUGACCAGCGACACCCUGUUCAACGAUCAAUCGCCAAUCAUGUCUACCGAGACAGACGUCGACACGAUUGGACGCGAUAUGAACCACGUAAACAUCUUCAGUGCACGCAACAGCCCGGGGCACUCCGGAUCUAUGGUGGGAAAUCACACAAUCACACCAGCAAAGAUUGAGAAGAGCUUCCAGCCCAAGCAGCAUGAAGCCGCACAGUCAUCAAAGAAGUCUCAGUUCUUGAUAGGAGCAGAUUCCCGAGAUCAUUCUCCCAAUAUGACUGUGAGCAACGAAGGCUCUCCAGCUGGACUCGCUAUGGGCAUGUCCUCGAAUACUCCUCCGUCGAUCAAUCCCACAUGGCAUAGCGACUUUGUGGACGUCUCUCCCUCGACUAGCAAUUCCAUCGCAUCUCCACCGACAAGUUCCUCGGACAGGUCGUCGUUCCGACGGAAUGUAACAUUCAUAGCGCGCCCGCUACAGACCAAGUCGCGGGUGGAAACACAGAUUUCUGUCCGACUGAUAACAUGCCUUCUACCUCCCCAUAUCACAAAACUCCAUCUUCCUCGUGAAUCGAUAUCCAAGACAAAGAACUAUGCCAAAGAGGUGGUCAAGGCACCCGAUACACUGGAACUACAUACAAGUGUAGUGUGCGCGAGUGCUCUCAUAAAGCCAGGUGUUGAACAAAUGGUUUUGCGAAGGGCUGCGCGUGCUGCAUGUUCUCCAGUCAAAGAAGAAAGCCAAAGCAGGCGUUCAUCAUCCGCGAACGUGCCUGACGACGAUCCAAAUGAUCCAGCAAAACCACUAAAUGGCGGCGAGGUCCAGAUAUGUGAGAAUUGUGUCGCGCGAGAGCGUAAACGUGCAGCACGCAAGAGAGUUAAGAAACAAGAUGACGAGGAAACAUGGAAUAAGUUUGAACGCGAACGAAUUGUGGUGUUCAAUGAGAAAGAGUAUAAGGAAUGGCAGCCGCCGAAACCGAAAGAAGGCUCGCACGAACAUCUACAGUAUCCAGAGGGUGCUCUGAUGAUCGAGGUACCUAUGAGAAUUGCGUGUUAUUGUCGCCAUCAGGGCGAAAAGCAGGGCUUCCAAGUGAUCUUCACUUUGACAGAUAGCGAUGACCAGUUGGUUGCACAGUCUAUCACGUCUCCAAUUCUCAUCACCGACGAUCACAAAACUCACCAGCCACCUCAACCGCUCCAAACAACGGACCUCAACCCAGGCUUUUAUGAACGACAGUAUCACUCUACUAACGAUCUUCAAGCACUGCGAAAUGGUUUCCAACAACAACAUCAUCAUCAUCAUCAACAACAGCAACCUGCAUUUUUCGCCCCUGGGCCUGGGAUUGGUUCUCGUUCUGGUAUGCCAUCUGGUACGACCUCAGCUACGAUGACACCGCGUAAUGCGUCGCGGCAAGCUUCGCCAACCGCUCAAUCAGGUGCCAAUAAGAGGCGGAAGGGAAGCGGCUCUCACCAUCAUCGACUACCAAACAGUUUGACGAUGACGCCUAAGAUCAAUACACAGAUUCAGGGUAUGGGCUCAUCGAAUUUUGUUACAAGUGGCCCUCCUAGCGCCACAGCUGCUAGCUUCACACCAGUCUCAUCGUUCAUACCACAAUCCGAGUCUGCUUUCAUGAACCCAAUGACGAUAGCACCUGGUAUUGACAAUAGUCCUGCUACGCCCGGCAUGCAUGGAGUCAUCUCACCAGGGCAUCGAAACCAAAGUGGGGAUAAUCUUCAACACUUCUUCUCGGUACCGAAUUCUGCACGUCAAAGCCGAAGUGGAAGUCCGGUCUCGGCUACACGAGGUCCCUUAAAUACUUAUCAGCAACAACAACAGCAGCAGCAGCAGCAGCAACAGCAGCAACAGCAGCAACAGCAGCAACAGCAGCAACCCAUCAACUUUGUCUCUAGCAUGAACACCACACUCAUAGGUUUGCCGAACAAUAUGGAUAUCUCGCAGGCACCAAGACAUACCCACGCUCUUCGAAAGAUAUUACCAGCGGAAGGCCCUUUGACAGGAGGCAUUGAGGUGACCUGUCUGGGCAGUGGUUUCACUCGCAAUCUCGAGGUCAUGUUUGGAGACCAUGCCGCUACAACCACUACAUGGUGGUCAGAGAGUACUUUAGUGUGCUUGUUACCUCCUGCGGCCAUGCCUGGGGCUGUACCUGUCAGAAUUCUUGCCCCGAAUCAGCCUCCGCAAGCAACUGCUUCCCACAUAAUAUUUACAUACAAAGACGACUCAUCAAACCAACUUUUCCAACUUGCUCUGGAUGUUAUGUCACAACGAUGUGGCAAUAUGGAUAACUUUAAGAGCUUUCUUAUCAACAUGGCUGAUCAGAGCAAUGCCUCAAUGGGACCUUCAUUCAUGGGUGGGCCUCAGCAAGGCGGCUAUCGCCAAAUGCAGGGUGCUGCGGCCUCGCUCGCGUCAAGAAAGGUCACUGAGGAUAUGCUACUUCGCUGCUUGGACAUUCUCGACUUGGACGAAAACCCGGAACCGCCUCAAUACAAUAUGCAAACUAAGACUGGUGCCACCAUGAUAUCUCUUGGAUGUGCCUUGGGCUACACUCGCUUUGUGGCUGCGCUUCUCGCGCGUGGAGCCGACCCGGAGGUUCGUGAUAACGGAGGCUUUACACCUCUAAUGAUGGCAAGUCUCUACAACCAACCGCAACUUGUACGGCGCUUGAUACUGCGUGGCGCAGACCCAAUGAUACGAAGCCUCAAAGGCUACCUCGCUAUUGAUUUCACACGCUCUACAGAGGUUCAGGCUGCUCUUCGGCGCUUCCCGCAUCAUACUCGCACUCGCAGCGCUGGGGCAGCUGUCCCGCGAAGUCGAGCAAACAGCAUUACUUCACUGAAAUCGGUAUGGGAAACUGCGUCACCAAGCCAAAACAGUCUCAAUUCACAAGCGGAUACUUUUGACAGCUCCGACAACGAGGAAGCCGACGACGAAGCUGAUUUGUCGCUGGUCAAUUCGAGAUCUGGAGAAUUGGCUUGGAUUGGAUCACGCCGAAAUAGCAACGUCCUAGAGCGGACCCAAGUCGUACAGCCGGUCCCAGACCAGCAUGGCUUUGCAGCAUCAGCAGCCGCAGCUGCAGCAUUUGGUCAGAUCGCUGCCUCGUUUCAGCAGCUACAGCAAAAUGUCCAUUGGUUCCCACACUUCCAACUACCGGCACUGCCUCCGAUGCCCACUCUAGAAGGCUAUCAAGCAAAUCCGAUGGUCCGUCGUAUCAGUUCACUUGUCCCUCAUGGUGCGCAGGCCCGAACUGAACCACCAUCCGACGACGAAAAAACAGUGACCUCGUCGGCUAUGCUUAGCGUAUCCCAUUUACGUGAUCUGUUCUCGUCUUCGCCUCAGCCUCCAGCGUAUGAGGAGAUAUAUCCCGAACAAGCCAAAGCAUCUCUCGACGAUUUGAAGGAAGAGUCGUCGAUGCGGGCCCAAGCUGAAACAAUUCUUGAUCGAAAGUGUGCCUCAAUAUUCGAUAGCCCGACUUCCGUUGCUCAAAGUUCAUCUUCGGCAACCACGCCGAUCGUGGUCGAACCGGUUCCGACUCGCCUGGAAGUCAAGAUUGGCCGCAAGGCGCUCUCCAAAGAGGAGCAACAGCGUGUGCGAAGUGUCCACCAACAAAAGAGAAAGCCGAUCUACAAGGACUGGCAUCUAUGGUGCAUUUGGAUUCCGCUUUUUGUUCUAUUCCUCUGUCGCCGCACUGUUAUCGAAUAUUUCACCACGCUACUGGAUAAUGCGUCUACUACUCACCAACAGAUCCCAGGACGUGUGCUUGGUGAGGUCGUGGUCUGAUUUCCCCCAGCCAUCCGCUAUAACUACCAUUAUCAUUACUUCUUGUAUAUCAUAUCAAGCUCAUUCUACACACGGUCGGUCCUCUUUUGCAUUGAUCAGGCGGUGGGCGGAUCUAUGGAUUUUGAUUCUUUCUGGUGAUCAUUGAGACGCCAUGGUAUUGCUGGUACGGCGCUAUUGGAGUUCAUAGGCCUCAUUAAAAAAUCAAAACUGAUUGAUGAUGGGUGUAGGCCGGGUUAAACAAUUUUCUCCCCCCCAUUGGAUGUAUGGAGCAGUUU